AUGGCUUCCAUAUUUCUGAUUACCAUAUUUUGUGUCAUGUUGUGCACCAGAACAUGGGUAUCAUCUGAAAACAUUUUGCAGACCUAUAUCAUCCAUGUUGAAGAGCCCAACGCAGGUCUGGUCAACGACUUACCGGCUUACUACGAGUCAUUCCUCCCUGUGGCGGACACAUUGAGCUCGGAGGCCCCACGGCCGCGUAUCAUUUACUCCUAUCGCCACGUCCUCACGGGCUUCGCCGCUAGGCUGUCGCAAAACGAGGUCGAAGAAAUUACAAAGAUGGAGGGUUUCAUAUCUGCGUGGCCGGACAGAACCCUAUCCCUCCACACCACUCAUUCCCCCGAAUUCCUUGGCCUGAGUGCCCCAAACACGGGCCUAUGGGAACGGGACGGUUAUGGCGAAGGCAUCAUCAUUGGAAUGCUCGACUCCGGGAUAAAGCCUGACCACCCCUCGUUCAACGACAAUAAAAUGUCGUCCCCACCUUCCAAAUGGACGGGAAAGUGUGAGUUACCUCACCCCUACACCUGCAACAAUAAGAUCAUCGGAGCACGUGAUUUCACUGAACUACACAAAAAUGAAACCCGCAGCCCGCUUGACGAGGAUGGCCACGGCACUCACACCGCCAGCACGGCCGCCGGGAACUUUGUGGAGGGCGCAAACUUUUUCGACAGCGCGGCUGGCAUAGCCGCCGGCGCCGCUCCACAUGCCCACCUGGCCAUAUACAAAGUGUGCAGACAGGACUGCUCGAUGACCAGCUUUGUUGCUGGCAUGGACACUGCUGUGGAGGAUGGAGUGGACGUGCUCUCUAUUUCUCUUGGCGUUCCACCAUAUCAAUUCUACGAUGACCCAAUGGCAAUAGCUUCUUUUAGAGCGAUGGAGCAUGGUAUCGUUCUCAGCUUCUGUGCGGGAAACAGUGGACCUCAAUACUAUUAUAUGUUUAAUGGGUAUCCCUGGGCUCUCACUGUUGGUGCGAGUACUAUGGACAGGCAGUUGAUGGCAGCUGUGGUGUUGCCAAAGAGGCGGAGGCAGUUCAAUGGCGAGGCGGCCUACCAACCAAAGGAUUUCCCACAGAAAUUUCUGCCACUUGUUUAUCCCCCAAACUGCACAACUGAUGAUUCAUUGAAGAGAAGCAAGGUCAAAGGAAAGAUAGUCGUGUGUGACUUUUCCUAUGAUGACGAUGUUGUUAAAAGAAGUGGUUGUGCUGCCGUGAUCAUCGUUAAUGAUAAGAACGAUGAGAGUACUACAUAUGCGGUAGCUGCCUUCCUCCCAGUUGCAAACAUUGGCUAUGCAGAUGCUCUGGAGGUUAUAAGAUAUAUAAACUCGACGGCGAAACCCAAGGCCAAGAUAUUUUUUCGGGGAACCUUGUUUGGAGACGAUCAUGCACCAGUGGUUGCUUCCUUUUCUUCAAGAGGGCCAAACAAUGUAAGUCCUUGGAUUUUGAAGCCGGAUAUUUUAGGCCCAGGUGUAAACAUCCUGGCGGCGUGGCCAACCUCUGUCGAAAAUAGAACAAAUGUGAAAUCCACUUUCAAAAUGUUGAGUGGUACCUCUCAGUCAUGCCCACACCUCAGUGGAGUGGUAGCGCUGCUCAAGAGCACACAUCCUGAAUGGUCGCCCGCAGCAAUCAAGUCGGCCAUCAUGACUACAGCAGAUGUUGUGAAUCGUGCAGGGAAGCCAAUCGAGGACGCAAAUUCUCAAGAAGCCAACAUCUUUGCAACUGGAUCUGGCCACGUGAACCCACAGGCGGCAAAUGAUCCAGGGCUCGUUUACGACAUCGAACCCAAAGAUUACAUCCCUUACUUGUGCGCUUUGAACUACACAAACAGACAAGUCCGUAUGAUUUGGAAGCACAACAAGGUGGAUUGCUCGAAGGUGAUAAGCGUACCUGAAGCCCAGCUAAACUAUCCGUCGUUUGUCCUUAAUUUCACGGGUGGUCAACCAGUUUCUCACAAGUAUACUAGGACCGUAACGAAUGUCGGCUUCCCUGAAUCAACUUAUAGAGUGACUGUUGUCCCCCCAGUUGGCAUCAAAGUUCUUGUCGAGCCCAAGACACUUAACUUCUCAAGACUGAACGAGAAAAAGCAGUAUCAGGUGACGUUUACACGGCUUGCGACCGCACCCAACAAGCCAUUUGUUCAAGGCUUCCUAAAGUGGUCUUAUUGUAAAUACACUGUUAGGAGCCCUAUUGCAGCUGUACUGCAAGGGCAGGAAUUAUGGAACUAA